AAGUGAAAGGACAAAGCUAACAAAUAACGUAAAAAGCUCUCCAACAUCCAUUCAAACUGAACUUCCAUGGAAUUCGUUUUCCAAAAAAAAAAUACAAUAACUACAAAAAGGCAACAAAAUCCCAACAGCUAAUCUCCAUUGACUAACACAAUGUCCAAAUUUCAAAUUUUUAUUGGACAGAUAGAAAUGGAAAAUCCAACAACACAAUUCUACAAAAUAAUACAAAACUGGAACAAAAUCUCCAAACACAAACUUUAGAACCAAAAGAAAAGAAAAGAAACUUAAUCUCUUUUUUUCUCUCUCUGAAAUUUUUUUCAUUUUCUUGAUUGUUCUUGAAUCCAAUGGAACAUUGUGGAGAAUGGGCAUUUGGGGUUCCUUCUGUUAGUGUUGUUGGUGAUGGGUAUUGCUUCCCUUAUCCAAUGGAGUUGAUUGUGAAGAAGAAGAUCAAAAAGCUUUCCAGUGCUCAAUUUGAAGUUUUUGAUCUCAGUGGAAAUCUUCUUCUCCAGGUUGACGGUGGCGUCUGGAACCUCAAAAUGAAAAGAAUUCUACGUGAUCCUGCAGGUUUCCCAAUUCUCACCAUGCGUGGAAAGGCUCUCACAUUUUGGCAUAAAUGGAAGGCUUAUGAAGGUGAAAAUGCAGAAAAAAAUAAUAUUCUAUUCAGUGUUCAACAAUCUCAUCCUCUUCAGAUUAAAAAAGAGCUUAAUGUUUUCUUGGCAAAUUUCAAGAAAAAAAUCCCAGAUUUUCAUGUUACUGGAUCUUACUCUUCUUUGUCCUUCAAAGUUUUCAAAGGCCACAGGCUUCUUGCAGAGGCAAAACAUAACUUCACAAUGGAAAGCUUCUGCAAGGGAAAGGAAAAAUACAGAGUUAAAGUAUAUCCAGAGGUUGAUUAUGCUUUUAUUGUGGCUUUGCUAGUAAUCCUUGACGAGAAUGACACCCUUUAGUUGUCUCUUUUUUUUUUUUUUAAUUCCUUUUUAAGAAGAAAAAUAAAAAAAUUAAAUUAAAUAUAUGGGCUUACUCUAAAAACAUCCUUUUGACAUUCAUUUUCUUUCCUUUUUCUUCUACCAAAUAAAUGGAUAAAAAGAAGCUUUCAUUCUUUUUCCUUCCUCUAAAUCUCAAUAAUUUAUUUCUUCUUCUUUUUCUGCAUUAUUUU